AUGAGUAUCUUGGUGAACCGUCGUUCAGUUUCCAUCGAUUACAAGGAUGACAAUGAUACUCGUUACAUAGAUGAAUGGGGUGGCGACGGGGGUCGCUUCUCUCGAACUCGUUCUGGAACCCAAAAGUUUGGCCGUGCUUCAACUAGGAGGGCCAGUGUGCCGAAUCCUACACCGCUGCGUAAGGAGCGGGUUGCGCGUGCCCCGCCGAGUCCGCGAGAGGAACCCACACCACUACGGAAACAUGCCAGACGCUCGGAUCCUGCGGCAUUUAGCCAUCUGUUACUUCCCACCACCGCCUCGAAGGCGAGGGCACAAAGCAAGUACGUGGAGCGAAAAAAUGGGCACGGCGGAGAGCCCUCAACCGGUUCGCGUAGCGUUUCACCUGUUGCAACAAAUGCUGGGUCGCGGCUUUACGCUCUUGCGAUGGCUCAGCUAAAGCACAUUGCUGAAAAGAGGGCUGAGAGCGAGAGGAAGUUGAAGGAACAGGAGGAUAAACUAACAUUCAAGCCCAAGAUAACGUCAACGUCGAGGCUGCUGUGCGCGGGCGGAUACAGGCCGCCGCAUGAAUGCUAUAAGGAGGUACAAAGCAGGGCCAUUGAAAAAAGACGUAUGCGUGAGCAGGUGAUACUGAUGAAGUCUGAUUCUGAUUGUACGUUUCGUCCCACACUUACCGCUAACUCAAUGACGUUGGCAGACAAACUUCGCAAAGACGACCCGUUUACAGACGUGGGUGAUCGCCUCUGCUUUGAAGGGGGCUGCAGGCUUGUGAGGCAACAACUGCGAAGGCAGAUUAUCCAACAGAGAGAGGAAAGGAGGGUGAUUAGUGGUUUUUCAAUUUCGCCCCGAAGGGCGGAUCGGUUAGUCCGGCGGCUGUAUAAUUGGCAGAAAGAGUGCGACAGGAAAAAGGAUGCAGCGGCAAAGGAGCCUCUCCUGCCCUCAGGGCGGACAACUGUAUCAGGGCGUCGCCGGCUAAGCUCUCGGGGCUCGUCUUCUUCAAGGCGUCGUUGA